CUCCUUCAAAGUAAACCUGGAGUGUGUACAUUUAGUGUCUCUUUCAUGUCUCAGAUGUGUGGUACCUUCCUGCCAGGCAAGACAUGACGGCAACAUACGCAACAUGCCUUCCACCUCUCCUUCAUGCACGGAUGAUGACAUGAUUCAGCUGCAGAGAAGGAUGCAGAGAGGCUUUUGGAAACGCCCCGAUGUUCCGACAGAAUACCAUCAGAAUAGCACCCUCAAGCGAUACCUUCAACCAUACCUCCAACUACAAGCGCACUCGGGGGGCUGGCAUGAGGUGUGUGAGCUGUCAGCUGCCCGCUGGACAGACCCCAUCAGCCGACUAUUGAAGAGUUUCUGCAUUGCUGCCAUUCCUGCUGGGGUGGGGGGGCUGAUAGCACAACUGAAAGGUAAGACAGAGGCUGUCUGUUCCUUCCACACACCGGCCCACUGCAUUUACAGUAAGUCUGGUUCCAUCUGACGUUGAUGUGAACAGUAAAGCUGAUGCUGAAUAGCUUUGAUACUUGGACCGUUUGUUGAAACUGAAUCUGCAGGCACGUAACACAUGUCUGACAAGAUGUCAGGAGGAAUCUUCUCCAGUUUGGGGAACCUGUGCGACGUGGACUGUGCGACCGUGCACCCCCUGGUGUGUCACCUGUGCCACGAGCAGUACAAGUCUCCGUGUUUAUUGGACUGCUACCACAUCUUCUGCGCCCGCUGCCUGCGAGGUCGCACCAGCGACUGCCGCCUCAGCUGCCCCCUCUGCGGAUAUCAGUCAAUAAUUAAAGGAAACAACAUCCUCCCACCAGAGGACCGCCUGCUGAAGUUUCUCGUGGACAAUAACACAGACCUUGAGGAGACCGUGCAGUGUGCCAACUGUGACCAGGAAAGCAACAAAAAGGACACAGGUAUGAUGUACUACUGCAACACUUGCAGCCAGCCUCUCUGUGCAGCCUGCAGAGAGCUGACACACAAGGCCAGGAUGUUUUCCCACCAUGAGAUCGUGUCGUUGGCCAAACGCACCAAAGCCAAACACAGAAAAUGCUCUCUCCAUGAGGAACCGUACAUCCUUUUCUCAACAGAAAACAAGUCCAUGCUUUGCAUCAAAUGUUUCAGAGACAUGCAAGUGGAGAGUCGAACUCACUGCAUUGAUAUAGAAACAGCUUACGCACACGGCUGUGAGAUGCUGGACCAAGCGGUUCUGGUGGUCAAGGAGCUGCAGACGUCCACAGGAGAAGCGAUCCACCUGCUGAGAGCGAUGAUCGGGGAAGUGUGUCUGAAUGUGGAGGAAGAAGAAAGUGCAAUCUGCAGCCUCUUCAACAGUUUACAGGAGAAACUAGCAGAGAGGAAAAAGGUUCUGCUGAGAGCAGCUCAGAGUCAGCACGAGGAGAAGGAGAAAGCAUUAAAGGAGCAACUGUCACACCUUUCUGCCCUCCUACCAACACUCCAGGUCCACCUGGUCACCUGUUCAGCCUUUCUCAGCUCAGCCAACAAGUAUGAGUUUCUGGAUAUGGGCUACCAACUCAUGGAGAGACUGAAGAGGAUCGCAAAGCUCCCACAUCGCCUGCGACCAGUGCAGAGCAGCAAAAUCAACACGGAGUACAGGAGUGAGUUCGCUCGCUGCUUGGAGCCUCUGCUGCAGAUCGGACCCCGCCGCCCCCCUUCCGUUGCCGGUUCCACAAGCAUCGCGACGAGGCUCCAGUCCCCGCUGUCGUUAACGUGCCGCUCCCCGUCUCUCAGCGAGAUGCCUCAGGGCUCUGUGUUCGGGCGAAGACCCACAUCUCACAGGAACAUCUGCACCAAGGUCCUGCUGGCGGAGGGCAGGGAAACGCCUUUCACCGAACACUGCCGCGGCUACGAAAACACUUACAGGAAUCUGCAGACAGAGAUCCAGAAUCUGAAAGACCAGGUCCAGGAGCUGCACAGAGAUCUGACCAAACACCACUCCAUCAUCAACACGGACAAGAUGGGCGAGAUCCUGGAGCGGUCGCUGCACAUCGAUAACCAGAUAGCUGCUCAGUACUCCACUGUGGAAACCAUGAGGGUCAUCUUUGAAGAGAUCUGGGAGGAGACUUUUCAGAGGGUUACUAACGAGCAGGAGAUUUAUGAAGCCCAACUUCAUGACCUGAUGCAGCUGAAGCAGGAGAACUCUUACCUGACCACCAUCGCCAGACAGAUCAGCCCCUACAUCCUGUCCAUCGCCAAAGUCAAGGAGAGGCUGGAGCCCAGGCUUCAGGAGCCUAAGGAGCACCUUGAUGACCGAACUGAAACAAUGCUGAAAAUCUAUGAAGACAGCUCCAUGGCCCUGAAGGAGAGCCAGGACAGCGAACAAAGUUGUAUCACAGACCAAGACAAAAGCAAGAACAGCCGACCGCUGAUGCUGGAAGCAGUGGAGAUUUCUGUCAAGAGCAGCUGAGCGGGCAGGCAGAGGGGCCCCUCGGAGGGGUCCAGCACCAGUGACAUUCCAUCAUAAACACUGUGCCGUUUGAUUCCUGAACCCCGCCAUCCYGGUUCAGUGGAACAACACGCCUUAAACCAGCCGUAACAAGCCCAGGAUGGUGUGUUUUUUCUCUGCUGCCUGCAAAUAGUGCAGAACAUGRCAUUUUCUGAGCAGCAGGGAGCUGUCAGCAGCRUCUGAGGUGAGCUCCUGGAUUGACUCUAACUGGAUGAACACGACGGCCGGAUACUCCCAGCUGUCAGAGCAGGACGCUGACACGCUCCUGUGUUGCUUUAGUGUUAUUUAAAACUGGGAGACAUCCUUCAUGYUAAAACUACAGUAUCCGAUCAUUAACAUGUUUAUAUUUUAGCUGUUGAGAUAAUUAUACUGAGAGCGGGGUUUGGGCCRUGACAGCCUGAAUCCGGUUCUUCAGACGGUUGUUGAACCAGUUUGACAGCACGCGUGGAAGACAGAAAAUGCAAUGAUGGUUGUGUCGUUUGCGUUGUCGUCAGAGGUCACCUGUCAGAUGUGUCAGCUCAAGCAUCACUGUCUGUUACCUGCCGUUACUGCUUUACCUGCACUUUUUAUUUCCACAUGCCCAAAAAUAAGAAUAAGGGAUUGCCAGUGUGUGUGAAUAAUGAUGAACUCACCUCAAGGAGGACAUAUCAUGAAAAAUUGACUUUUUUAGCCAAUAAAUACAUUUUGUUGUGAA